AGUUUAAAACGUCACAUAAUUUCUGUUACAUUUUGAUAAUCCAAGUGUGUUCUUUAAAUCGCCAUUUUGUCUUAAAUAAGUAAAAAAUUAAUUAGAAUGCGUUUCAGUCACCCCUUUCACCGUAAUGGUGUUUUCCAACAUGGAGACCAUUCACUGACGGAGACGCUGCAAGGUCUGUGGUGCACGACAUCAUGAGUGAGCUGAAGGACUGCCCCCCGCUCAAAUACUACGACUUCAAGCCCGUGGAGCAUGUCAAGGUGUGUCCCCGCUACACUGCAGUGCUGGGCCGCUCAGAGGACGAUGGCAUCGGCAUCGAAGAGCUGGACACCCUGCAGCUGGAGCUGGAGACACUUCUGUCCUCGGCCAGUCGCCGCCUCCGAGCCCUGGAGGAGCAGAGACAGAUCCUCACAGACUGGCAAGACAAGAAGGGAGACAAGCGCUUUCUGAAAAUGGGGAAAGACCCCGAUCCCGCCGCCUCAUCUCGCCACAAGCCAAAGAAGCAGAAACUGGAUGGCAAAGGAGGUCACGGGCCAGGCCCAGGUCCCGGCAGACCCAAAUCCAAAAACCUGCAGCCAAAACUUCAAGAGUAUGAUUUUACAGACGAUCCACAAGACAUUCCUCGCACUCCCAAAAAUGACGCUCCAAACAGAUUCUGGGCUUCAGUCGAGCCAUAUUGUGCAGAUAUUACAAAUGAAGAGAUACGACUGCUUGAAGAGCUUCUGAAACCUCCGGAGGACGAGGCUGAGUAUUUCAAAAUUCCGGCGCUGGGGAAACACUACUCUCAGCGGUGGGCUCAGGAGGAUCUGCUGGAGGAACAGAGGGAAGGAGCACGAGCCAACGACAAGAAGAAGAACCUCAUGGGAGGUCCGCUGUCAGAACUGGAUGCUAAAGAUGUGGACUCGCUGCUGAAGAAGUCAGAAUCCCAACAUGAAUCUCCCGAAGAUGGCUGUCCCUUUGGUCCUCUCACACAGCGUCUGCUGCAGGCCCUCGUAGAGGAGAACAUUAUAUCCCCCAUGGAGGAUUCACCUAUACCAGACAUUUCAGGGAAGGAUGCUAAUGACGGUGCUGGGACUUCCCCUCGAAGUCAAGGGAAAGCAUUUAGCGUUCCUCACACACGUUCCCUGGAGGCACGAAUCAAAGAGGAGCUGGUAGCUCAGGGGCUGCUGGAUUCUGAGGAGAGACCUGGACCGGGAGGAGACUCCGAGGACGAGGUCCUGGCCGAGCUGCAGAAGAGACAAGCAGAGCUGAAAGCGUUGAGCGCUCACAACAGAUCCAGAAAGCAGGAGCUCCUCCGGCUGGCGAGAGAAGAGAUGCGCAAGCAGGAGCUGAGGCAGAGAGUCAGGGUGUCUGACAACGAGGUGAUGGAGGGAUUUCGGCGAAUCAUGGCAGCCAGGCAGAAGAAACGCACUCCGACCAAGAAGGAGAAAGACCAGGCCUGGAAGGCGCUGAAGGAGAGGGAAAGCAUCCUCAAGUUACUGGACGGAUAGAGGAGGCAGCCGUUAAUGUGGGGUGUUUUCUGCCAGACAAAAAAAGAAGAAGAAAAAAACUGGCAAAAAGAAGCAUCUUUUCCCACAAAUUGACACAGAUGAUAAAGCUGGCAGUGAGAAGCUAUAUCCAUAAUGAUGUAAGGUACAGUUCACUGCAGGUCUGCAUGAUGUGAGUAGUCAUUUUUAUGUCAUGUACAGCAGAAAGCUGGUUUGAUCAGUAACCGUGUGCAUCAGAGACUUUUUACACCUUUUUGUUCUGCAUUUUUCUUUGUUAGUGGAAUUUUUAUGUUGCUUUGUGAUUCGUUUACUUAUUGUAAUGCUAUGGAAAUAAACACACAACAGUUUGAAUAAAUCAGUACCACUGAA